AUGUUCUUCUUCACUAUUAUACUUUGCCUUCUCGCCACUACUGCCUCUGCCUGGGACGCCCCCGAGAUUCCAGGGUUCCGGACAAUAUGGUACGACAACUUCGACGGAGCUACUGGCUCUCUACCAGACACUUCGAAAUGGAACAUUCAACAUUGGUACCAGGAUCUAAACGGCGAUCAUCAGGAGUACAGGGCUUCCCCUACAAACGUCUAUCACAAAGAUGGCAGCCUUCAUAUCGACCCGUGGCGCGACCCCACUGCUGCAAAAGGUUGGGCAUCUGGUCGUAUCGAGAGCACGUACACCUUCACCCCUGCGCCCGGCGUCAAGACCAUUGUUCAAGCCAGCAUCUCUCUUGGUUAUACGCCCAUUGGAAGUAAGGCUGGUAUCUGGCCUGCCUUUUGGUUGCUCGGUGACAGCCACCGCACCGGCGGUCCAAUAUGGCCUGCCUGUGGUGAGCUCGACAUUCUGGAGCACGUGAAUGACGAUCAUGAGACUUAUGCCGCUGUCCAUUGUGACAAGUCUCCUGGUGGUAUCUGCGGAGAGAAGAAGGGUAUUGCUGGGAGUCACUAUCUACCGGAUAUGGGCAUGGGCAUAAACACUUACAAAGUUGUCAUCGACCGCACACCGACGGUGUGGCAGGAGGAGAGUGUAAACUUCUACGCCGCAGAUGAACUUUUUCAUACGGUCACGGGGGCGCAAAUCGGCAACCUGGAGGUCUGGAAGACCAUUGCGUGGAACAAGAUGUUCAUCAUUUUCAACGUCGCUCCGGGACCUCCAAUGCCUUUUACUGCAGAGGGCCCUGACGCUGGUAUGGAAGUCGGAUAUGUUGCGCAUUAUGAGCAAGAGGCUGCAGCAGAGGAUACAGCCAAUACGCCUUAUUACUAUCCUUAUGAUAAUUACCAUAACUAUAAUAUGCCUUGUUGUUCAAAGAUGACUCAAACCAUCAACAAUGAGGCGCCUCCAGCUCCAGCUCCUCCGCGUCCGCCUUCAGCUCCUCCGCGUCCGCCUUCAGCUCCUCCGCGUCCGCCUCCAGCUCCAGCUCCUCCACGCCCGCCCCCAGCUCCAGCUCCUCCUCCACCACCAGCUCCUCCUCCGCCGCCUCCGCCAGCCGCCUGUCAUCCUUGCAAUAGCUAUAACUAUCCCAAUAUCCCUCAGGCCCCGCCGCCUCCACCUCCACCUCCCCCUCCUGUUGCCGCGCCUCCUCGGCCACCUAUGCCGCCACCACCUUUGCCAGUUGUCGGUGCACCUCCUCCACCUCAUGCUGGCAGGCCUCUACCUGCGCCUGCCGCUGGCGCGUUCUCUCAUAACUAUCCCCAUAACCCUCAAGUCCCAUCGCCUCCACAUCAACCUUACUACAACUAUCCCAAUCUCCCUCCAGGCCGGCCGCACUAUUAA